AUGGCAGCAGGCAGUGCUGAGGACCCUUUGGUGUUGAUGGAGGUUCUAGAGAUGCUGGGUGCAUCACGUCGAAUGUGUGUGUCCUACGCUGACAUGUGUGUGUGUCUGAGCCGUCGUUUCCAGCUGCAGCCUCUGUUGGAGUUGAGAAGUUUACUGUAUUCAACCGCCUGCCAGGACCCCUGUUUCCCCGCUACGCUCUUCAGAGACCGCUUACACACUCCCUGUGCCAACGCUCUCUCAGCCGCCGCCGACGUGGUCUCCCUGUUCAACCUGCUUACACACACACACACACACUCACAAACUCAAACACCCACUACAGAUCAGUCUCUCACAUCAUCACCUCCGUCCUCUCACAACAACCAAUCCCUCACCUCCUCUCUCGAUGGAAAGGGCUGUGAGGCCUGGGAUUGGCCCAAUGUCCUAUCAGUCAUAGGAGGCGGGACUAUGGCAGAGAGCUGUAAAUAUGAGCGUCAAAGGAAUGUGUUUAAGGAGGAGUUCCACAACAUUCCACCUCUCAUUCCCGUGGAAACAGACAGCCAAUCGCAGUUCAGCCCGGAGAGAAAGGCGCAGAAAGAGCAAGAGGAGGACGUUCUGUUCGUCACUCAUGAAAAUCCUUAUGACGCAGACGCAGACGCUCACACUCCUGCCGCACGCACACGCACACGCACUCAACGUGCAAAACAUGAGAGUUUGGAUGACCUUCAGACUUCCACCUACUUUGGACCACCAGGAUCUGAUUGGGCGCAACAGAGCCGAGCUCCGCCCACGAAGAGUCACAGUCUGGACACUGACACAGAAAAAUCUGAAUUGGAGAAAACGGGAUUAAUCAAUCCCGGAUUAGACAAACCCGCCCUAGACAGACUAGGAUCAGGGAGACCCAGACUACAAGGGACUGGUUUUGGGAGCACUGGUUUUGAUAGAACUGGUCUGGACAGCACAGGACUGGACAGUCAUUCUUUCGAAGGUUCAGCUUUUGACCCCAUCCUCAUCAGUUCAGUUCGAGACGCCCUUAAGCGUUUGAGUGGGCGGAGUCUUGAUGCUCUUUCCGAUUGGCCAGUGACUACGAUGGGAGAAAGGGAAGGGGGUGUGUCCAGCAUUGGCACACAGACGGAAUUCCCCCCCGAUCGCCGGGCUCUGCGCAGCCUGAUGCUCAGUGAGAAGUUCUCCUUUGACAACCCAGACCUCAUCGCUGAGGAUGAUAUCAGUGCGAUUUUCCGUUUUCUUGACGACAUCAGUAUGUGUGGCUCAAUGGCGGUGCUGCCUGGAGAGGGAGGGGCUUUGACUGGGAAUCAACCGGGACUGGCAGAGGGUGCGGAUGGGGUUUCACCCGACCGGCGUGGCCGACUGGGCAAGCUUAGGAGGUUGUUCCACUCACUGGAAGGACCAGAGGAGGGCGUGCGCUGGGGUGUUGGACGGCUGCUUCAACGAAUCACAGACUUGGAACAGAGGCUGGAGCCAAUCACAGAGCUGCGCGAUCAGCUGACGCAUAUACUCACCGCAUUACAGCGCCUGGAGGAAAAGAGCCAGCUUACACACGCACACACCCAGCUGCAGGAUGGCCAGGGAGCUGAUACACACACAUGUGCAGAGACAGGGCCACACACACACACACAAGCAGGCGCCCAACGAAAAGGCAUGUUCUCACAAAGAGACUCCAGGAGCCACAUGGACAGUAGCAGCUCUGAGACACACAAAGACUGGACUGUCAAAUACAGCAAGGAGCAACAGGAGGAUCAGCAGACCAGGGGAGGCAAGAGACAGGGCCUCCUGGUGCAGGAGGAGAUCAGCUCCCACUUCCUGUCUGAUGCCCACAGGAUCCCACUGCACAGCUGCAUGAAAAGCCCGGCCCUACGUGCCACAGACCGACCCAGAGUGUCCUGGAGUCAGUCAGAACUCACACCGCUUGACCUGCAGGCCCCUGAGUCAUUGGAUUUGUGGUUGGAUGAUGUUUGUACCCCAGCGUCAGACACGCUCCUGAGAAGGACAGUCACACGCUGCAGCCAUGCUCGGACCUACCGCAUCACUGCUCUCAGCGUCACGGCAACUGUCAUCCUCCUCCUCAUCAUCAUCAUCCCCAUCAGCACCACUUAA